AGAAGAAGCUGAGGAAAAGCGCGCGGGGGAGGGGCGCGCCCACGCACUGCCCGCCGCACCUUACCGCCCGCCUCGCACCAGUCAGCAACUGUGACUCGUGUUGGCUGAACCAUCUGUAGGGCCAUCCUCUUUUUCAUACCGUAGGACACCUAAUCCAACACAUACACAAUGGCGGAUGAUGAUAGAAAGCGUCUCGAGGAGGCGAAGAAGGCCAAACAGGCCGAGAUCGACCGCAAGCGCGCGGAGGUGCGCAAGCGCAUGGAGGAAGCUUCCAAGGCCAAGAAGGCGAAGAAGGGUUUCAUGACCCCCGAGAGGAAGAAGAAGCUCAGGUUGCUGCUGCGUAAAAAAGCCGCUGAGGAGCUGAAGAAGGAACAGGAGCGCAAAGCGGCCGAGAGGAGGCGCAUCAUCGAGGAGAGGUGUGGUAAACCCAAGAACAUUGAAGAUGCAAACGAAGCGGCUCUAACGAGCAUCAUAACCGGGUACCAUCAGCGUAUCGGCAAGCUCGAGGAGGAGAAGUACGAUGCGGAGAUCGAAGUAGCCCGCAAACAGCUCGAGAUCUCCGACCUGAACUCCCAAGUCAAUGACCUCAGAGGAAAAUUCGUCAAACCUACACUCAAGAAGGUGUCCAAAUACGAGAACAAAUUCGCCAAGCUCCAGAAGAAGGCCGCCGAAUUCAACUUCCGUAACCAGUUGAAGGUUGUCAAAAAGAAGGAGUUUACCCUUGAAGAAGAAGACAAAGAGGGCGGAGUUGGAGGAAAGAAAAAACCAGACUGGUCCAAGGGCAAACCCGGCGAUCAGAAGGUAAAAGAGGAAGAGGUUGAGGCAUGAAGUGUUGAAUCACACCUACCAAAAACUAUAUGUGACCUUUGUCGUAUUCCAGCCGACCUUAUUGCCAUAACUGUCUCAAAUUCAAUGUGAUCACCCAUCCUUUUAUGUAUCUGGCUAGUCCGACCCAUUGGAAAUUCCUUCCCAGUUCAGCCUAUGGCAGUUCCUCCAUUAUUGUAUGUAUUGUCUAUAAACCAAUCAUGUCUACCAUUUCGAACAUGUAAUUUUAUAAUUAUUUAUUUAUUACAAUAAUGUUUUUUUAUAAGAUAUUUAAUAAAAAUACGAUACGUUUAAUAAAAAUUAAUAUUCUGUACUA